AUGCGGCUGGAUUUUUUGCUACAUUCUAAAGACCAAAAGUACGCCCCUUGGUAUUGUGAUGGCAUUUCCCUCCCUCAAAGAUCUGCAUGCAAGGAUUGCCAGGAGCAUUUUUACGAUCCUGCAGGCGGGACAGUGAAUCUAUCUAAAAUGGCAACGAUGCAUCCCAACCAACGAUUGACACGGCCACUCAGCUCCUCAUGA